GGCCGAUCCUUCCGCCCUCAGUAAACAUGGCGGCGCGGCGGGGGCGGGCAGGGGGCGGGACCCUGCUGUCACCGGGCCAGGCGCGGCGGGGCCAGAGCGGACCCUCCUGCGGAGACCCGGCAGAAAAAAAGAGUGAUGCAGAACUCGGGAAGAACCACGGGACCUUCUUAGCCUUGGCUGGGCGGCGGAGGUAAGGCUCCCCGGCUGCUUUGCUUCUCUCCACAUUGGAACUCUGCGCGCUUGGCUCCAGCCUGGUGCCCUCGCACUUGAAUCUCGUCCCUCUUCCUGGAUCUGCUCUUGACGGUGGUGUUACAGCGCCCCCUGGACCAUGCCCCUUGGUGGUGGAGAAGGACCGUGAGGCAGUGGCUGGGGGUCAGAUGGUAGCCACUCACCCGUCACCGCCCAGCCAAGUGGCAGCCCAGAGCGCAGGAGCAGCCGACGGCUGCAGGACACGGUCCCGGAGAAGCUAUGAACGUGGGGGUGAGCCCCUCCACCGCCCCCGCCCCAGCCUCAGAUGCAGGCGCGAGUGCCUCCACCUUCUCCACGGCGGACUAUGUGGUCUUCGUGCUGCUGCUGGUUCUCUCGCUCAUCAUUGGGCUCUACCACGCCUACCGUGGCUGGGGCCGGCACAGCAUCGGCCAGCUGCUGCUGGCUGACCGCAAGAUGGGCUGCCUUCCUGUGGCGCUGUCUUUGCUGGCCACCUUCCAGUCCGCCGUGGCCAUCCUGGGCGUGCCGUCCGAGAUCUACCGAUUUGGGACCCAGUACUGGUUCCUGGGCUGCUGCUAUUUCCUGGGGCUCCUGAUCCCAGCACACGUCUUCAUCCCCAUCUUCUACCGCCUGCAUCUCACCAGUGCCUAUGAGUACCUGGAGCUCCGGUUCAAUAAGGCUGUGCGGGUCUGCGGGACCGUGACCUUCAUCUUUCAGAUGGUGAUCUACAUGGGAGUUGUCCUCUAUGCGCCGUCGCUGGCCCUCAAUGCAGUGACUGGCUUUGAUCUCUGGCUGUCCGUGCUGACGCUAGGCAUUGUCUGUAACAUCUACACGGCUCUGGGUGGACUGAAGGCAGUCAUCUGGACAGAUGUGUUCCAGACGUUGGUCAUGUUCCUAGGGCAGCUGGCGGUUAUCAUUGUGGGGUCGGCCAAGGUGGGCGGCUUGGGGCAUGUGUGGGACGUGGCUUCCCAGCAUGGUCUCAUCUCUGGAAUCGAGCUGGAUCCGGACCCUUUUGUGCGGCACACUUUCUGGACCUUGGCCUUCGGGGGUGUCUUCAUGAUGCUCUCCUUGUAUGGGGUGAACCAGGCCCAGGUGCAGCGCUACCUCAGCUCCCGCACGGAGAAGGCUGCCGUGCUCUCCUGCUACGCCGUCUUCCCCUGCCAGCAGGUGGUCCUCUGCAUGGGCUGCCUCAUUGGCCUGGUCAUGUUCGCCUACUACAAGGAGUAUCCCAUGAGCCCCCAGCAGACUCAGGCAGCCCCUGACCAGUUGGUCCUGUACUUUGUGAUGGAUCUGCUGCGGGGCCUGCCGGGCCUGCCGGGGCUCUUCGUCGCCUGCCUCUUCAGCGGCUCCCUCAGCACCAUAUCCUCUGCUUUUAAUUCACUGGCAACAGUCACGAUGGAAGACCUGAUUCAACCCUGGUUCCCUCAUUUCUCUGAAGCCCGGGCCACCAUGCUCUCCAGAAUCAUCGCCUUUGGCUAUGGGCUCCUUUGUCUGGGAAUGGCCUAUAUUUCCUCCCAGAUGGGACCUGUGCUGCAGGCAGCAAUCAGCAUCUUUGGCAUGGUUGGGGGGCCGCUGCUUGGACUCUUCUGCCUUGGGAUGUUCUUUCCUUGUGCCAACCCCCCUGGAGCCAUCGUGGGCCUGUUGGCUGGACUCGUGAUGGCCUUCUGGAUUGGCAUUGGGAGCAUAGUGACCAACAUGGCCCCUGGCACGGCACCCCCUCCCGCUAACGGGUCCAGCUUUUCCUUGCCCAGCAAUCUGACCACUGUCACCAUGGCCACACUGAUGCCCUCGACUACCCUCUCCAAGUCCACCGGGCUACGGCAGUUCUAUUCCCUGUCGUAUUUAUGGUACAGCGCUCACAACUCCACCACGGUCAUUGUGGUGGGCCUGGCUGUCAGUGUGCUCACUGGGGGGAUGCGGGGCCGGACCCUGAACCCUCGGACCAUCUACCCAGUGUGGCCGAGACUCCUGGCUCUCCUGCCCGUGUCCUGUCAGAAGCGCCUUUGCUGCAGAACCCACAGCCAGGACCUCUCCGGGGACCUCGCUGGGUUUUCAGAGAAGAUGAGUAACGGGAUGCUGAGGAGGAGCAGCGACAAGGUGGCCAUGGCUGUGCCUGAGGAGGACCCAGCCCACCAGGGGAUCAGCCCCACUUUCGUCCUCCAGGAGACCUCACUGUGAUCGGGACUCGGCCCCGGCCCCAGAGGCCACCCUCUGGUACAGGGACGCGUUCCCUGAGGUUCUGCGGGGCUGAUGGAGGACUGGGUGACGAGCCCACACCGAAGGACCUCACUCUUAGGGGUCUGGGCUGCAGAAACAGUCACAUCACGGAAGGUGCACGAGGAGGAGGAGGUUUUUCCUUGUUCGUGCCAGUCUGUUCUCUGGAGAUCCAGGCUUGCAGGGGGCAGGAUUUUACCAGAAAAGGGGGUAGAGGCAAAUCCUCUGGGAGGAGGAUAACGGCUUCUGAUUCAGCCUCCCCCAGCUCCAUUAUAGAAAACGCAGUGCUGGGCCCACUUUGGCAGACUGGCCCUCUCCCUAUAAGAAAACUCCGAGCCACCUUGGUCAGCUUUGCUCCCCUUGCAGUCCCGUCGGAGCACCAGUUCUGUCAGCCGCAGAGGGCCCGUGAUACUAUUUUCAGGUUGUCUGUGAUACCCAGGCCCCGCUCAUUCUUAGCCAUUGACUUCCAUUCUUGAGAGGGAGGGUCUCGUGUCCCUGAGAGGCCCCUCCAUCUCUUUGGCAUAGAGUAGGAAGCUUUCCACCUCACUGUCACCCGCCACGUAAGGGGCGCUUGGGGAUGGGGCAGAUAUUGAUCCAAGAAACCAGGGUAUGACCAGGUCCACUGUGGAGUGUGCCAUCCUGACUCGGAAGCCACGCCACCCUCGUGUCACUUGGUCAUUCACGCUCCUGUUUCCUUUUGGAGUUUCUUCCCACAUAUCUUUGUUCCUAGGAAAUAAAGACGGCCAUUGGGCUGGUAUCUGUA